AUGGAUUUUCUAUUUGAAGAACCACAUGAGAUGCAGCAUGCUGAAUGUACUGUAACAGCUGGUGAAGUAAAAGCUAGUGCUGAGGCAAAAACAACAAAAACAUUAAAAGGCGUAUGCGGGUCAGAUGAAAUGAGGAGAUCAUUUGAAAAUUUGGAACUAAAAAUUGAAAGAAGAUUUGAAGAAUUAAAAAAUUUAUUAAAUUCAAGUGGAGUUAUAUCUGAAUUCAAUAAUUUUACAACAAAAUCUUCCAAUAUAAAGAAUAAAAACCUAUCUGAUCAACAAGUGUCUAGCAGAUAUGCCGAAAUUGAAAGGUUAAAUAAAACAUUAAUUUCUGAUGAAGAGUUGAAAAUAUUUUCCUAUUAUUGGAAAAUAGAAAAUUUCACACAAAAAUUGAAUAAUAAAAAUUAUCCAACCGAAACUAGUCCACUAUUUAGUAUAUUUGGAAACUCCAAUGAAAGAUUUGGUUUCACAAGAACUAAUAAAUAUGGCUGA